AUAUGCAACAAAAUGUCGGCUGCUGCCGUUUUGCGAAGAAGCCUUCCACUGAUAUGCUCUCGCUGCAGAAGAUCUUACAGCGGCCCAGACGGAGAUAUUUUUCUGCCAGCAGCUCUCAGCAAAGUGGACCCUGUCCAGAAUGCUCCGCUGGUGCAGGCGUACUUUACUAAUGGGUUCAUGAUUAGCGGGGCUAGGGUGAUGGGCUCGGUGGCUCUGCUGCCUAGAGGCAUGCUCCACUGGAGAGUGGCUAGCAAGGAUGAUUUGACGCCCGAAAGCUUCUCUCUCUUCCACUUAGUCGAACCAAAGAUUGAUGUGGUAGUCUUGGGGACGGGGUCAAAGGUGGAGAGGGUGGACCCUGCAAUCAGGAGCUAUCUCCAGAGAAAGGGAAUAAGUCUUGAGAUCCAAGACACUCCAAAUGCCUGUGCUACUUUCAACUUCCUCCUUGACGAGGGGAGACUGGCAGGGGCUGCCCUAAUUCCCCCCGACUACGUGCCACCUUGACAACCAAACAACCAACACUCACCAGUCUAAUGCCAAUCUGCAAUACUGAAACUGCCAUCACCUGCAAUAUACUGUGUUGUGUGUGUGUGUGUGUGCGCAUUCCGCAGUAACUUUACUCAACAACCAUGCCUGUCUGUACCACACACGAAUGUGUCAAAAUGUUAUGAAACACGACUAUUCCGUCUUUGUCGUGAUCACUCCAAGUCUUCUCAGAAGUCCCUGGACUCUAACUGGGAGACGCCCGGCUAAAAAUAGCAACAGUUCUCUCUCGGUUGUCAUGACAACGACGAUCACGGUUCCCAUGGUGACGGCUCCAAUGCUGACGUGGAGGAGUCUGUACUCCCACCCUUGAUCACAGCACAGGAAAUACUGGGGGGAGAGUGUAGAGAGAGAGAAGAUUGAGGAGAGGAGGAUGGGACCUUUACUACAUAGACUCCGCCGAGAAGAUAGCUUAGAUAAAAGGUUCAAGGUUCAUUUUCUGUGGUUUCAUGUAACAAAGAAAAAGUGUGCCAUCUGAGUGUGCAACACAGCAG